GGAGCUUCUCCGCGCUGGCACAUCCCCCUUACAGGCAGGCGCGGGUGAGGCCAAACAGCCCGGGUUCACCGAUCGCCCAGCGCGCAGCGCGCACCUUGCCGGGAGUUCACCCAGCGAGACGCCGGCCUCCGUCCUCAAGCCCGGGGAAAACUCCAGCCGUACCAGAACCCUGAGCCCGGAAGCCGCGCGCCACCACCCGCCAUGAGCGGCCCCCUGCGGCCGGGCCCAAGCAGUUGGCGCCGGGCGGCCACCGUGGUGCUGGCUGCGGGCUGGACGCUCCCGGUCCCCGCCGCCCCGCCGCGGCCCCCGCCGCCCGCCGAGGGCUUCCGGCUGCUGCUGCUGCUGCGCUCCGCGCGCCAAGGCUUCUUGCCCGGGGCGCACGUCUUCCCGGGUGGGGUGCUGGACGCGGCAGACCGCUCGGCCGACUGGCUGCGCCUUUUCGCGCCGCACCACCGGCCGCCCCGCUUCGGCCUGGGCCCGGCGCCGCCCCGACGCGCCACCUUCCCUGUGCUGCCCGAGGCCAGGCCUGGAGCCGCCGACGGGGACGAGGCGGCGCUGCCGGAUGACGUUGCCUUCCGCAUCUGCGCCAUCCGCGAGGCCUUCGAGGAGGCGGGCGUGCUGCUGCUGCGGCCCAGGGGCCCCGGGCCCGCCGCGCCCGAGCCGGGCCGCGCCCUCGCGCCGCCGCCGGCCCUGGCCGACUGGCGCGCCCGCGUCCGCCGAGACCCUCAGCACUUCCUGCGCCUGUGCGCUCACCUAGACUGCACUCCCGACAUCUGGGCGCUGCACGAGUGGAGCGCCUGGCUCACGCCUUUCACGCAGCGCCGUGGCCGCCGCUUCGAGACCACCUUCUUUCUGUGCUGCCUGUGCGAGCCGCCGCCGGUCUUCCCCGACUUGGUGGAGGUGGUGGACUGCCAGUGGUCAUCUCCGUCAGAGGCAACUGAAAGCUUCAUAUCAAAGGAAAUUUGGCUUGCACCUCCACAGUUCUACGAAAUAAGAAGACUAGAACACUUUGCCUCUCUCUCUGACUUGCACAAAUUUUGUUUGGAUCGUGAAUUAGAAGGGGUGGAAAGAUGGCUGCCGAUCACAUUAUUAACUGCUGAUGGAAUAAUCCAGCUUUUACCAGGAGAUGAGAUGUACUUAGAAGAUUCAAACUUUUUAGAAAAUCUUAUGUCCACUGAAAAAAAGAAUGAAGAAAUCAUGAAAGAAGGCAAGAAAUUUCACCGAGUAGUGAUGUACAAUCGCCAUGAUUAUAACAUCCACGUGACAGUUCAGUCAAAGUAUAAACAUGUUUACCCUAAGAACUAUGUAGUGAGUAAGAGCCGUCUGUAGAGAAUGGCUUCUUUGUAAGCUGGCAUCCUUGAAGUUGUCCUGAUGAAAAAUGAGGGUUGACUAGACGUGCCUGGAACUUAAGGAACUUUGUGCCUGUAAGUUCUAAUACUGUCUUUCAUAUUUCAAGUGUUAUCACAGAGCUCUCUUAUUUUAUUCUUUAAACCUUACAGUAUCACACAAGUAUAAAGUAUUAAUGAUCUUGUUACCAAAACGAGAAAAAAAUUUUCAUGAGGGUUUCCACUUCUGUAUUGUUUUGUUAUCAAAAGUUUAAAUAAGAUGUUCUACUGUAUUGUCUUUUAACUGUAUUAGCACUCUGCCUGAUGUGCUGGGAGAUUGAUCCAUGAAUUCCUUAGACUUUCUGUUGGAAUUAAUUUAAGGGUGUAUGAUUAGAUACAUGGUGAACAGUAGACUGAGAUGACCUUCAAGUGACAGUGUCAUUAUUUUCUUAUGACUUUAGCUUGAUGAUUAAGAGAUAAUUCUAUUUAAAACUAAAUGGCAUGAGUUAUUAGGUUUACCAAAUUGGAAAUUAGUUCAGUGACUGUUGUAAAGAAAUAUGAAGCCAUAACAAAAGCCAUAAUUAUUUUUACCUUGGAGGGCUAGUUAACAGAAUACAAAGAGGUUAGAGGGAUGUAGAACUAUUCAUCAUUUAAUGGUACUUACUAAUGGUGUUUGUUUUCAGUGUUUUUAAUAUGGGUAAUUUUUUCACCUCCUGUUAAGAGGAAUAAUGUUUAUUGAUUAAAGAUGGGAAAUGGUUUAGACGCCAGUUCAUUUUGGAUCUUUGACUAUAUUAUGCAUUGUACAUUGAAUUUCAUUUUUCAUGAAAUGUUCUGGUUUUCCUACCUAUAAAAUAGAGCUAUUGAUAAUUAAAGUUUAUGUGUAUUAUUUAAUCCUGAUUAGAGGAAUACAUCUAGAUCAGUGGUUCUCAAUCCGGGCACUUUUGCCCUUCAGGGGCAUUUGGCAGUGUCUGGAUAAAUUUGGGUUGUCACAACUGAGAGUGCGAUGCUUCUACCAUCUAGUGGCGAGAAGCCAAGGUUACAGUUUAAUAUCCUGCAAUGCACAGGACAGCCACCCACAGUGAAGAAUUAUCUGGCCAAGUUUGAGAACUCUGAUCUAGAGGAAAAUCUAUUGUCUUUGCUAAAUGGUUCCAAUAUGAAAAUUUUGAGAGCCACAGAUAGAAUUAGCAUUCAAUGUGGCUUCUGAAUCUAUAGACGUUCUCCUUACUCACUUUUGGCCUUGGGCAUACUAUUCUUUCAUUCUCACAGAAAACAGAAUGUUAUGAUUGGAAGAACACCAUGAUUUUGCUGAUGAGAAAACUGAGAAACAGAUUCAUACAAUUAGUUAGUGCCACGGCCAAGAGUAGAACCUGAUUCUUUUUCUAGCAAGUGGCAUCUGUUGCCUGUCACUAAAAGCAGAGGUCUGAAUAUGUCUGCCCAUCGCAUCUUGGUAUUACAGUCGCCAAGGAAACGACAACACAGCCAAGCAUUGGAUGAAACAAUGCUUUCCUCACAUAAAGAGGCAGAGCAAGAUCAGCUUUUGAAUGACCUCCGUAAGAAUCCAAAACUGGGCUGGCAUCAGGCUAAUAUGUUCUUGUCCUCACAGUUCUUUGUUAAUAUAAAACAAGAGUGCCCUAUAACAUGGGAAAUAUAAUAAGGACUUGAAUGUAAGGGGACUUCUUCUCUCCUGGGGGAUGAUUUGUGGGGGGAGCCCUCAUAUAUGGGCAUAUGUAGGUCACAUUCUUUAAAAAGGAAAUUGCUUGCCUUCCACUUUCUCUUUUCUCUUCUCACUGGCUGGAAAUGGUGGCAACUGGAGCAGCUACCUUGGACCCAGAGACAGAAGACAGAUGUUAAAGCAUAACUGCCUGCCACUUGGAUUGCUCACCUCUUGCUUGUUAUGUGAAAAUGAAAGUACACUUAUAUUUUAAAUAAACCACUAUA